GAAACAUCUACAAGAACAGAUACUUCCACAAUUACAUCAAAUCCUGGUGAAACAUCCACUAAUAGUGUAGGAGAAACAUCUAUGACAACAGAUAUUUCCACAUUCACACCAACUCUUGCUGAAAGAUCCUCCACUAUUGUGGCAGAAACAUCAACAACAACAGAGACUUCCAUGAACACAACACCUGCAACUGAAACACCCACUAUUAGUGCAGCAGAAACAUCUACAUCAACAGAUAUAUCCACAAUCCCAAUAAUUCCUGCUGAAACAUCCACUAUCAAUGUAGAAGAAACAUCUACAACAACGGAGACUUCCACAAUAACAACUCCUGCUGAAACUUCCACCACUAGUGUUGCAGAAAUAUCUUCAACAAUAGAGACUUCCUCACUCACAACAACUGAGGCGGAAACAUCAAUUACUACUGCUUCAGAAACAUCUACAACGACAAAGACUUCCACGUUCACAACUACUGCGGAAAUAUCCACUACUAGUGUAGCAGAAUCAUCUACAACAGAGGAGCCAGUAAAUGAAGUGAAAAUUAAGCUGGAAUUCCGCUCUAAAGAUUCUUUCAUAGAUGACCUCAAUGAUCGACAGUCUCCUGCUUUCAUAAACAGGGCUAGGCUUGUUGAGGAUAUCCUUACACUUAAUUUGAAGAAGUUCCAUUCCUUCCUUAGAGUCACUGUGCUACUAUUCAGCAAGGGAUCGGUCAUCACCACAUCAGAACUUGCUUUCAACUCUAUUCAGACUGUGCCAUCAGAACUCCAAAUUGCAGAAGAAUUACUGAGUGACGAGACAACUCUCAAUGCCCUGAGCAUAACUUCAAUUUCAGUUAAUAAUACAGAAAUAGUCUAA